UAUAUAAUUAGCCGUAGGAUUAUGGCCAUCAUGGCUGGAAGACGAUGAGUAAGAAAUAGCUGCUAAUGUAGUGCAUCGAAGUUGGAAUAAAUUAAUAAUAUUGGGCCUGGAAGUCUCAGUUAUUAACGCCCUUACAACACGAAUUAACCUCAAGUAAACUGUCGCCAAAGUGUAAUCAUUGUGAAGAGUACAACCACAUGACAGUGUGUUUGUUUUUCGUACAGCGCGUGAAAUCAACCGGAAGGAUACAUGCUUAGUAUGAGUUCAACAUGUGACUGGCAAAUAAAGAAGCAGAAAAUCAGUGAACGAGGUCAGUAUCUGCUACAGACAGCCCAAUGGAGUGACUGCAGAUUUAUUGUUGGGACUGAACCUUGUCAGCAGGAGUUUGGAGGUCACAAGCUCUUCCUGGCAAUGUCAAGUCCAGUUUUUGAAGCAAUGUUUUUUGGCGGAAUGGCAGAAAAGAAUGACCCAAUCCCUAUUUUGGAUGUGCAGCCAGAUGCUUUCAAGGCAUUACUAGAGUACAUUUACACAGAUGCAAUCAACCUGCAAUCUUUUGAUCAGGCAUGUGAAUUAUGCUAUGUGGCAAAGAAGUACAUGCUGCCACAUUUGGUGGGAGAAUGCACAAAUUAUUUGUGGCAAGAUUUAUUCCCAAAAAAUGCCUGUAGAGCAUAUGAGUUUGCAAAGCUGUUUGAAGAACCUGUGCUUAUGGAUAAAUGCUUGCAAAUUAUUUGCUUAGAGACAGAAGCUGUGCUGCAAGAACCUAGUUUUGAAGAAGUUGAGCUGUCAACACUAAUUGUUAUCUUGGAACAGGAUGAGUUGACAAUCAGUUCAGAAUUGGAACUAUUCAAUGCAGCUCAGCGCUGGGCAGCAUGUGAAUGUGUUCGUAAAGGCCUCUCACCAGAUGAUGGUAAAUCACUGCGCUCUGUUCUGGGACCAGCAGUUAACAAGAUCCGCUUUCUGACGCUGACUCCAUCACAGUUUGCAGAAGGCCCAGCACUGUCUCCACUGCUCACUCGGGAUGAGAGUUAUGCAUUGCUGGUCAAUAUCUCUUCCACGUCUGCAUCAUGCAAGCUUCCUCUACCUGAAGGUUUUUCAAACAGUGUUGAGUCUCGCCGCAGACCCUCAGCUGCCUCUCUAGCCAUGAGGGAUGGCCCCCUGGCCCACAGGGACGUGAAGUUCUACUGUGUGCGCAACAUUCUGCCACAACCACACUGCCUCAACACUAGCAUCCUGGACUGCUCUGUCACCUUCACAGUUGAUCGGAACAUCUGUGUGCACGGUGUGCAGAUUCCAACACAAGUUCUUGGAGAAGGAUAUGAGGUUGGGACAGCGAGUGGUCUUCCCAACCCACAGCUUGGGAUGUCGUACACAGAACUUCUCUACGCUCACCUCCUGGACUCCGAUGGCAGCCGACUCACAUAUACACACUACACAACGCGUGUGAACUAUGGGUCAUUGGUUGAGAUAACAUUCAACCGUUCAGUGGAGAUACAACGGAACAAGGUCUACAGAGUGGGAGUUGUUCUAAACAAGGUGGGCUGGUAUCCGAUGGGCUCCUGUACACAGCGAAUGAUGUGUGAUACUGUGUUCUUCACUUUCUGUGUUGGUCAACCCAGUGAUUCAGUUAGAGAUGGACUAAUCAGGGCAAUUGUUUUUGCUUACUGAAAACUGUAACUGUUUUACUUACAGUCAAAGUUAAUAUGCACAACUGUAGACAUUUCCUGCUUCUCUUUGAGAGCAUCUAUUAACUUUGUGUUGUCUUCUUUUGCUUCAAGGUUUGUAGGCCUAUCAGCCUAUUCCAGCUUAAAAGAGAACACAUGAUCCCAUCUAGCUGUAGGUCGUAAGAUAAUUUGGUUAUCCUCUUGGUUUAUAAUUCAGUAAUAUUCUUAUGAGUCUCUCCAAUUAAAACACAUUCAUGCCAGUUUCUGUAUCUGUAACAAAAUUAGUUUCUCUUGUGUUCUCAUCCUGCUCUUUUUCCUUAUUUAGACACUUUAAACUGUGACAAAAUCUGUUCCACCUAUCCCUUCCUCACUUCACGCUGUUCCUUUUCUCUGUUCUUAAAUUUUUUAUCACUUCAUUUUCUUCAUUGUGGCAUUCAGUAAAGAGGCCAGAGCAAAUAAAUAUUACAAAAAAAGAGCUUGCGUUUACAAUGAAAUGAUACUAAUAUCGACUUAAAUUUACACAAGAUCCCGAAUCUCUUCAGAUCUGAUACACUACAAACAAUUUUUUAUGUAUCCUUUGUUUUUAUAAUUAACAAGCAGUACUGCCAAAUAAAAAUACUGUGAAUUCAGUGA